CAACUUCUCACACAUCCUUAAUCUUUCCUUUGAGCGCUCUAAAAUGGCUCCAGCAAUCCAAUUCGAGCUAUCGAACCCACCCACCGACGCGGUUUCUUCCCUCCAAUUCGCGCCCAAUUCUCCAACGAGACUACUGGUGUCUUCUUGGGAUAAACAUGUUUACUUGUAUGAAACACAUGGAGAAGAGGCGGGCGGAAGGCUGAUCGAGAAGUAUGAACAUCGCGCGCCGGUCCUCGAUGUAUGCUUCGGGGCGGACGACAACGAGGCCUUCAGCGCCGGGAUGGAUUGGCAGGUCAAGAGGAUAAAUCUCGAGACGGGCGAGCAGACAGUUUUGAGCACGCAUACCGCUCCAGUCAAGUCGGUGGUGUACAGCAAAGAGCAUUCACUGCUAGUAUCAGCAUCAUGGGACUCGACGCUCCAUUUCCAUUAUCUCAGCAACCCUGAAAAAGAACCGACGACCAUCCCACUCCCCCAGAAACCCCACUCGCUCUCAAUAACCGCCUCCAAGCUCGUGGUAGCCAUGUCCGCACGCCUGCUCUACAUCUACCAACUCCAAAGCACGAUGAUGCUCGCAUCCCAAGCCAACGGGACAGCCGCCGAGCUCAAGCCGUGGCAGCAACGCGAAUCGUCCCUAAAAUUCAUGACGCGGGCCGUGGCAUGCAUGCCGAACGACGACGGCUACGCCACGAGCAGUAUCGAAGGGCGCGUAGCCGUCGAGUGGUUCGACCCAUCCAGCGACUCGCAGGCGCGCAAAUACGCCUUCAAAUGCCACCGGCAGCCCGACCCGGAGAACGAGGGCACGGAUAUCGUGUACCCGGUCAACGCGCUCGCCUUCCACCCGACGUUCGGCACCUUCGCGUCGGGCGGCGGGGACGGCGUCGUCGCCCUGUGGGACGCCGUCGCCAAGCGCCGCAUCCGCCAGUAUCAGAAAUACCCCGCGAGCGUCGCCGCGCUCGCUUUCUCCUGCGAUGGCAAGUAUCUGGCUGUGGGUAUCUGCCCGGGCUUCGAGACGGGCCAGGAGGAUUACAGCGGUGAGGGUGCAACUAAAGUGUAUAUCCGCGAGCUCUCGGAGACGGAGGCCAAGGGCAAGGGCGCGAAGUGAUCUUUGGAUGGGAUGGAAUGGGAUGGUGCAUGCAUGGGUUCAGUGAGUAGGUAGGUCCCUUUAGCAAGGCGUUUUUAUGUGUAUGAGUAUGACGAAAAAAAACAUGGCAUGGAUACAGAACGAGUAAGAAAGAGUCUCGCUCUGACCACGAUAUUUAAUCCACGAUAUCAACCAAAAUUUGGUAAUUGAAGUCUUGCCAGGCAGUGCCAUUUUUUCGCUGCUGCAUUUGGCGUGGCUAUGUAUGUAUGUUAUAGCUCAUACAGUACAUACCUCAUUAUACAGAGCUGCUGGCG